AUGGACGGUUACUUUCAAUCUACACUCGCCGCAAACAGUUUGCAACAAAACAUCAGUCGUGCCAACACAAAUAAUGCAAUAGCGCAAGUUGCUAAAGUAAUACCUCAUUUUCCCACCACAAACAAAGAUUUCAGUUGCACUGAAUUACACACACCCGAUGGCAUUUAUCCCCUGUUACACGAAACCUUUUACGAAACUAUUGCACCGCAAUUUACGACAGGAACUCGUACCUCCGUAGUCAAUGCCAAGGAAGAUACUUAUAAUGGAAAAAAUCAGAAAAAUGACAUCAACGGUCACUCAAUUGACUCCUCAGAUGAUGAUGGCUCGAGUGCUGGUGGUAGUGUAGGUGGUUUUGCCGGUGGUUUUGGUAGUGCUUUAUUUUCAAUGACACCUGUCACUAAAUCCGCUGCGUUACCUAUCCCUAAUGCUGCUUCUAAAAAGCAGUUACGUACACCUCUCACAACAUCACUUUCUACCUCCAGUGUAGGCGUUACUUCUACGAGUGGUCUACAUAUUGUUACUUCGCCCCAAAAAUCAAUGACAGCUACAGCCAGCGGGAACAAUACAAGCCCGUACUUGCCAAACUCUCCUUCAUUUCCUUCCAUUGCUACUCCCACCACACCCACCACAAGCUCUCAUAAUCUUACUCAACAGCAAUUUGCAUCGGGUUCAUAUAUGAUGAGUUCAUCGCAAGAU